GCGCCAGAACGGAUGAUGCGCCUGCGCGGCGGCGCUCACUGGCGAGCUGGUUUCCUACGUCAUCGCGGGCGCGACGCCCCGAGGGACAGUCUGGAGUCUGGCAGUCUGGAAGGCGCGGUGGUGAGACUGGCCGGGAAGAUGCCAGUGGCGGUGAUGGCGGAAAGUGCCUUCAGUUUUAGAAAGUUGCUGGAUCAAUGCGAGAACCAGGAGCUCGAGGCUCCUGGAGGAAUUGCCACGCCCCCAGUGUAUGGCCAGCUUCUCGCGUUGUAUCUGCUCCACAAUGACAUGAAUAAUGCAAGAUAUCUUUGGAAAAGAAUACCCCCUGCUAUAAAAUCUGCAAAUUCUGAACUUGGAGGGAUUUGGUCAGUAGGACAGAGAAUCUGGCAGAGAGAUUUCCCUGGGAUCUAUGCAACCAUCAACGCCCACCAGUGGUCUGAGACGGUGCAGCCAAUCAUGGAAGCGCUCAGAGAUGCGACUCGGCGGCGUGCCUUUGCCCUGGUCUCCCAAGCGUACACCUCCAUCAUCGCUGAUGACUUUGCGGCCUUUGUUGGACUUCCUGUAGAAGAGGCUGUGAAAGGUAUCUUGGAGCAAGGAUGGCAAGCGGACUCCACCACAAGAAUGGUUCUACCCCGAAAGCCAGUUGCAGGCGCCCUGGAUGUUUCCUUUAAUAGAAUUAUUCCCCUGUCAGAGCCUGCCCCAGUCCCGCCGAUCCCCAACGAGCAGCAGCUGGCGAGGCUGACCGACUAUGUGGCUUUCCUGGAGAACUGACAUCGCUGGGUUCGGGCCACCCACAGCGCCCUGUACACGGACAGAUGGAGACAUGUAAAGCUUUUAUUUUCAAUUUACUGGAUGGAUUAAGCACCUCAGCUUUCCUUACGGAAUAUGUGAUAAAAUGAAUAUAUAAUAUAAAGUAUAUUAUAUAUAUUUUGUCCUUAAGCAUUAUGCUGAGUAGUUGAGGCAGUUGUCAUUUUUUAAUAUGUAACAGUUUGGCACUGUCAGUAUUACGCAGGCGGUUUACAUUCUCUGCUGACCUAGGAGUAAGCUCUCUUGCCCGGUGCAUGCCGCACUCCUGCCCAUGCCUGAGUGGGCCCUGGUGGUGCUGCUUGUGCGGCUGGCGAGGGACUGUCCCGAGUAGCACCUGAAUUGCUGGAGCGUGAUCCACCCUUGGGAGGUGGGCACACUGGGGUCCCUGCCUCCUGAGAACUGCUAGGUAGAGUAGUCACAUGUAGCUGAAGAGCAAACGGACGUUUCUUGAGUAGACCAGUGUGUUAGCGUCACGGUUCUUUCCAGUAGUAUGAACACAUCCAUUGCUAGCAGAGGUGGGCUCACCACGAUGGUGCCACUUAGGGUGUUCAUGAGAAGUGUUAAGUCCUACCCUGUCCUUG